AUGGGAGCAGAAAUUGUUAAGGAGAUACCUUUGGAGCAAGAACUAGAGGACACUGAUGCUGCAGGUGAGAGGUGGAGACCUACUGCUUCUGCUCGUAGAAGACGUGGAGUAGUUGAGUCUGAUAUUCAUGUUGAGGACCAUGGAGAUGUGAGGUUUCACGAGGAUGCAGUUGAGAAUCAUGCAUUUGAAGAGCACGAUAUUGAGCAGGAGGAGGAUCAUGAGGAUGUUGUUGAAGGUGGAUUUCCUAGAGGUCAAUUAGACGCUUUAGAACGGGAGGAGAUCAAGUUGAUCUCCCCUGGGAAGAAGUUAAACAAAUUAGGAUCUUGCCACGAGGGCAUUAGAGACAUCGUUAAUAGUUCUGGUCUGAUGUCUUUGGUGGGCAUGUCAUAUGAUUAUGUCGAUAGGGGUCUACUGCUGGCAUUUGUAGAGAUAUUUCAUUUCGAGACCAACAGUUUCCAUCUCCCCGUGGAGGAAGUAAAUUUUGAAGAAAGUAGACGCGCCAUUGUGGAGCUUUUAGGCGUGGAUGGCGGGAGAGCUGGUGCUGAGUUACAAGAAGCUCACGGUGCGAAAGUCAUAUUGAGCUGGCUUCGAGACAUCUACGCUGAGCACUGUGAGCAAGACGUACACGCAUGUGGCCGAUAUGCUUGGGGCGUUGCUGCACUAGCAUAUAUGUAUGAGCAGCUAGGAGAUGCCAACUUGGCUUCGAUUAGACAAAUGACAGGUUAUUUGACUCUGUUACAGAGUUGGAUAUAUGAGCGCUUCCCUACAUUGGGAAGAAGGUGUAUGGUGUCUUCGUACAUGGAAGAUAGACCGCGUGCUGCAAAGUGGGAGUCACCGAGGCAAGGUUCCACUCUCUUAGAGGUCAGGGUACACUUGGAUGCGUUGACAUAUGAUUCAGUCAUCUGGUACCCUUAUGAGUCACAUCGGGAGACUUGUCCCUUUUAUGACAUUUGUAUAUUCUCGGGCUGGAUCAGGAUUGGUGAGAUGUUGUGCCGACAUUUGCCUCAGCGUGUUUUGAGGCAGUUUGGAUUUCACCAGUCCAUCCCUCGAGACCCACCCGUUGUUGCAGAUGCAGACAUACUGGCAACUGAUGAUGUCUGGUUGCACUAUCGUGAUCAUGUUGUUAUGGGUUUGUCCGUCUGCAGAUUCCCAUAUGAUUGUCUUGAUGGUUACCUUCCUUGGUUUAGGAUGAUAUCUCAUCCUUACAUUAUUCAUGUUGUUGAUGACGACCGGCUGAGUCUUGCUCCCAGACUCUGA